UUGUCCCUGGGUCCCUUGGAAGCUGUCGAAAAUACCCUCGCUGAUUUCAUCUUCGCCGUCGCCCGUCGCCCGUCGCCCGUCGCCGCUCUCCUCCGGCCAUGGCGACCGCCGGCAAGCCCGCCGCCUCUCUGCCCCCUGCCGCCGCGCCCUCCACCUCAGCACACGCGCUCGAUUCGGUCCACUUCUCCUCGGGGAACCCCCGCAUCGAGGAGACCCGCGGCGUCGUCCUCCUCCACCCGGAACCGCCCGCCGCCGCCUCCUCGUCUCGUCUCCCGGUGGGGAGGAAGCCGCGGGUGUGCGUGCUCGCCGUGCCCAAUCACAUGACCUACGCCGACUUCUGCCGCUUCUGCGGCGCCUUCGUCCCCCACACGCUCGAGAUGCGCAUUGUCAGGACUGAUGGUGCAGAGGACCAGUAUAGUGUUCUUAUAAAUUUCGACACUCAGAACUCAACAGACAACUUCUAUAAGCACUUCAAUGGGAAGCAGUUUUCUUCGCUGGAGGGGGAUGUUUGCCAUGUCCGUUUUGUGGAAGAUGUGCACUACACUCAAUUGAUUGAGCAUGCACAUAGCUCGGUUACAAGCUUGGCUGAGCAACCUACAUGUCCAGUAUGUCUUGAACGACUUGACCAAGAUCCUGGAGGCAUUCUCACAACAAUCUGCAAUCAUUCUUUCCACUGCUCGUGCAUAUCAAAAUGGACAGACUCCUCAUGCCCGGUCUGUAGAUUUUGUCAGCAACAACCAGAGAAGUCCAUGUGUUCUAUUUGCGGAACUUUGGAGAAUCUUUGGAUAUGUGUAAUUUGUGGCCAUGUUGGCUGUGGAAGGUACAAAGGCGGCCAUGCUAUUGAACACUGGAAGGAAACUCAACAUUGCUAUUCACUUGAAUUAGAGACACAGAAAGUUUGGGAUUAUGCUGGGGACAACUAUGUCCAUCGUCUUAUUCAGUCAAAAACAGAUGGAAAGCUAGUUGAGUACAAUUGCCAUGGUGGUCACACAGCAGAGAACACGUGUUCACUAUGUAGUGGUGAUGCCGCAAUGAGUGAAGCUCUACUGAACAGUAAAUUUGAAGCUAUUGUUGAAGAGUACAAUGAUCUCGUCACAUCUCAGCUUGAAAAGCAAAGAAAUUACUAUGAGUCACGUCUACUAGUAGAAGACAAAGAGGAAACUGAGGAAAUUUCUGCUGCUGUUGAGAAAGCUUUGAGCAUAAAAAUCCAAAAGUUGGAAGCAAAGAUCGAGAAGUGCAUGGAAGAGAAAAGGUUUCUUGAUGAAGUUCAUGAGAAUCUUGUCAGGAAUCAGGAGAAGUGGAUUGAAACGAUACGAAAAGCACAAGCAAGGGAGCAAGCUGCCCUUAAAUUAAAAGAUGAAAAGAUUGAAAAACUGAACGAAGAGACAAGAGACCUGAUAGCUCAUCUCGAGUGCCAAUAUGCCAUUGCACAAGCUCCUGACUCGAUCUCAGGCGACAUACAAGGGGGCACUAUUCUUCCUGUAGCAUCUUCGACAUCCUCAAGCAACAGCGACAGCAGCAGCCCUAUUCCUGGCACGAUGAAAAUGGGAAGCUGAAGUGAGAUCUGCACCCGCUGCAAGCUGCAACGCUGUGAACCAGUGAGAAUUGAUUUCUUUCGUUUGUUCGCAGACUACAGGACAGUAUAGUAGGAAUUCCCACCCCCACCCCCCCGGUUCAAGACUCAAAAGAGGGCGGAGAAUUUUCUGAAGCUUAAACAACCAAUCCAGCGGGCGCCGAAUUCUAAGGCUGACCAAUGUAGCAAAUAAAUUGUUACACGUCAGGGUCUCAUAGCUUGUUUCAUACUGCAUAGAAUUUUGCUAAUGUAGAGGAGAGAGAAAGAUGUUUCGCAAAAUAACUGACUUAUAAGCUAAAUAUUAGUAAUAUGAGGCUACUACACUAUUGUAUGAAUCAUACUAUUGUAUGAAUUGUGGUUGUCAUGCAACUUGUAAUAUUUUUUACACACAAAUUGAGAAAAUAGAAUUACUACAACAUAACUUAAA